CGAAUCACUAAGAAAUUUGAUAAUAAUAAUAACAACAUAUUACUCAGACCUAACCUCAAUCGAGUGCGAGCGUCAUUUUAAAAGUCACAUUUUCGUGCGUCGGUCGGGCUGGAAAGGAAGAAAAGACGCGAGCUACUGUCCGCGACAUAACCUAAACUGUCAGUGUUCUUAAAAAGUUUGACCUUGUGCAGUGAUUUUUAUAAGUGUUCCUGUAUUUGUUAUUAAAAAAAGUGCCUACAUAUAACAUGGUUGUCGAGAAAAACAGCAGCAGCUCUAGCUCUAGCUUAGAGCAGUUUGUGCUGUUAGCCAAGUCAACAAAAGGGGCCGCUUGCACCGAGUUAGUGAAGCAGGCUCUGGAAGCGCCAGGAGUUUAUGUGUUUGGAGAACUUCUCGAUAAUCCCAACAUUACCGAAUUGGCUGAUACUCACAGUGUCUACUUCAACACCUUGAAUCUGUUUGCGUAUGGCACUUACAAAGACUACACGAAUAAUCAGCAGAACUUCAUCGAGCUAACUCCCGGCCAGAAAAAGAAGCUGCAUCAUUUAACCAUUGUCACGUUGGCUACCAAGUCGAAAUGCAUCCCGUAUGAACGGCUACUGCAGGAGCUCGAAAUCAAGAAUGUAAGAGAUUUGGAAGACCUGAUCAUUGAAGCUAUUUAUGCAGAUAUCAUACACGGAAAGCUUGACCAAAAAAACAGCCAGCUUGAAAUAGAUUAUGCGAUCGGCAGAGACAUUCGUCCAGAAGAUGUUAAAGUAAUCAUCAACUGCUUGCAAGACUGGUCUGCUGCCUGUGAUAAAGUGCUUGACAGCGUGGAGAUGCAAAUCCAUCGGGCUAACACUGAGAAGAACAGCGCCAUGUUACGGCAGAUUGAUAUCGAGCAAGAGAUUGUCAACAUCAAAAAAACCCUCAAGACUCAGCUUAUGGAAAGAUCUGAUGUUACUGACGAAGUUAUGGCGGUGGACAGCAGGGAGGCAACACCCAGUGGCGACAAGGGAAAGAAGGCCCAAAAAGUUAGCAAAGGUAAACACGCCACUAAGUUCUGGUCGAAAUCUUAAAAACUUAUUUCACUCCGUUCUAUGAGAAAAUUGCUGUUAUUGCUUAUUGUUAUUCAUGAUGUUAAGAGCAGAUUAGCAGUAAAGUCGAACUCCAGACUAGAUGAUUCAAUUUAAUAGCAUACGUUUUUUUAGUUUGAAAGCAAAUGAAAUUAUCAAGUUGUGGCAGGAUAUAGAACCUUGUACGUUAAUUAAUAUAUUUUUCAAACAUUUCCGUUUGCCCGUUAAAAGCCCUGUUAUUUUUCUAGGUGUAAAGGUACUGCGUUGAGUCGUUGGGGAUAUGUUGUGCCUGCAAAGACAUUUUCACUCAUUAAUUCACGAUUUUGUUAAUCUUAUGUUCUUUUAAUAAAUUGAUUAGAUUAGUGCUUUUUAUUCUCAUCAA